AUGUCUGUGGAAGCCCCUGUGAUGGCGGAGCAGCAAAACCCUUUAUCUGCUGAUGAUGUUGAGCCACCCCAGUUGCCAACAACGGCCAUCGCAGCUCAGUCUAAAACAAGUGGUUCAAAUAUCCUCAUGUACAAGAAUUGGCUUCAGGAAUUUGCUGCCCGGGCAUCUUUACAGUUCCCUGUAUACAGGACUGUUAAUGAAGGAGCUCCACAUGACCCCAAGUUUAGAUCCACUGUUACAGUAAAUGGAAUGGCUUACACAUCUCCACACACUUUUUCACAGCGAAAGAAUGCAGAACAAGAUGCUGCCAGAAUCGCCCUUGAAUGUGUUACACAAAAGUUGAAGAAUGAGAGCUGCCUUCUUAUCCGUGAGGACUCUACUUUUUGCAAGUCUAUCCUGAAUGAAUAUGCAGCGAAGAUGCAUUUGACCUUGCCAUCCUAUCAAACCAAAAUUGAGUCGGGAUUACUUCCUGUAUUUGUGUCUUCAGUAGAUUUCAAUGGUGUUAGUUAUACAGGAAAUAAGGGUAGAAACAAGAAAGAGGCCAAACAAUUGGCAGCUCGUGACGCCAUUCUAUCCAUAUUGGACUCUGGGGGUGAAUCAUUGAACAUGAUGGUUGCGGUCAUAAGAUCAAAAAUCAAGCUUUAUGCUGUUACGAGCAAAAGUAACGACAGCUCCAGCAUGUGCGGUGUAGCUGUUUCUGCCGUGACCGCACGAGAGGAUCUUCUUUCCCCGUUGAAUAAACGAAAAGAGGCUGAAAUAAUUUCCAGUAUUGUUAAUAUAUCUGGUGUGGGCGUUAGUGAGUCCACCUUAGAUGUAUUUGCCAGGAUGCAACCAGCACAUCUGCCUAUUCAUCAUUUCAAAAAGCAUAAGGAAGAAACCACCUCAACAGUCGUAGUUCCUUCCAUUGAAUUUGUGCCGUCAGGGUCAGAGCCGGCUGUGGUUCCUCCAAUUUCUACUGCAAAGAAAAACCGUAAGAAGAAGGGUAAAAGAAGACUGCAAAUUGGUCCUGAAAUGCCUGUUGGGUUAGUACCGAUGACUGAAAUUACUCCUUCAGUAACACAAUGA